AUGUCGAAUCACACCAUUGCAGUCUUUCCCGCCUCUGGAGGUAUCGGAGGCAGCACCGUCAAGCAUCUUCUCCCUCGUCUCCAAGCAAAGGAUCUGGUGUUCAUCACUCGCUAUCCUCUGAAGUUGGAGGCCGCCUCCAAUGCGGGAGCAACGGUCCGCAAGGCAGAUUACGACGACGAUAGCAGCCUCGAGCACGCCUUUGAUGGAGUCCAAACCCUCUUCUUGAUCUCGUACGCUUCCGUCGAACAUGAAUACCGGACCAAGCGUCACCAAGUGGCUAUCGACGCGGCCAUUCGCAGCGGAGUCAAAUACAUCUUCUACGGAUCCUUAGGAUACGGCGGCCGGCCUGAAAACAAACAGUCCGUCGCCCAUGUAAUGCAGGCCCAUUUGGAUACCGAACGGUAUCUUGAUGAAUGCACCCGCCGUCACCCCGGGUUCGAGUACACCGUCGUCCGCGAGGGUCUCUACUCCGAGUCCUACCCGCUCUACACCUCCUUCUUCGACCCCACGCGCCCCGUGGACACGGUUAAGAUUCCCCACGACGGCUCCGGCCCGGGGAUUGCCUGGGUCAAGCGCGAGGAGCUGGGCGAGGGCACCGCCGAGCUCAUGGCGCGAUUUAGGAAGGACCCCAACGGCUUCAUGUACCGUCACCAGACUGUCUUGCUCUCCGGAGGCAAGACACUGACCUUGAAAGAAACCGUGGAGAUCUUGGGCAAGGUAGCGAAGCGGCCAGUGCGGAUUCAGACGAUCACUGAGGACGAGUUUGCUGCCCUGCCGCAGAACAAAGAGAAUUUUACCUACCACGGGGUGGAUCAUUCGAAGGUGUGGACCUCGACUUUCGAGGCCUUUCGUCGGGGUGAAGCCGCAUACGUGGACCCCCUGUUGAAAGAGCUGUUGGGAAGGGAACCAGAGGAUUUCGAGACGACCGUUUCGCGGCAGUAA